AUGUCGAGAAAACGUUACAAGAGCGCGUCGGAGGAGGUUCCUCUGGAACUUCCAUUGCUGAACGAUGUGGUGGCCAACGAGAAUCUUUUCAAGUUGCGCGAGUGCCUGGCGGAGUAUCGGUCGGAGGUUGAUCAGCUGCGCGGUCAGAACAGCGCGAUUUUGCGCGAAAAUGAGUGCUUGAGACACCUGUGCUCGAGUGUUGCCGGCAUAUGGGAUGUGCUGAGCACCGAACUGGGCGGGGCGUCGCUCGAGCCUUCGGACGACAAUGUCGGCACCCACUCCGCGCCUGAGGACGCAUUCCUGGACUUGCUGUCGCGAACGAGGCUACCAUUCACUGUACGCCGUGGUGCAGGCGAUGCCGCGUCCGGCGACGGUCCUCUGUCCUUGGAGGGCGAGGCCGUCGAAGCCCCCGGCGACGGAAAGAAAUCCUCUUCGAAACCCGAUCCCGGCGACCAGCCAACCAAAGAUGAGCUGGAUCGUUUCCUGCACAGCCACGUGGAGGCGUUCAAUCGCAUGAAGAACGUUUUGCUCUCCAGAGUGAAGCACCUGCUGCAGUCUACCGGGGGGUCUCCCGCUGCCCACGGUGGCGUGCCGGAAACCUCGCCGCAUAACAUCGCACCUCACAGUCAGGCACCUCCGGCCGAGCGCAGCAGGCUGCGAGUGUUGGAGCUCGCCAGCACUCGCUUGUACGACACGGUUGAGGAGUUGCGUGACGUCGUGCGGAAGAGCAACCACCGGUGCGGCGUUCUUGAGGUUGAGGUGUCCAGGUUGAACAAACUGAACGCCGAGCUGCGUUACUCGCUAAAUCGCGUGGAGUCGUGCCGGACCAUGUCCGAACCCAAUUCUGCCAACAGCCUCGUGGAAUCUCUGAAGUACGAAGAUCCUCCUGCUCCCGUGAUCCAAGGCGUGGAAGACGUGACUGUGGACAUGAUAGUCGGCUCGUCCCUCUAUAAGCGCCUGCAUGAGUUGUGCAAGUCGCAGGAUGAGCGGAUUUCCUACCUGGAGGGUCUGAACUUGACGCUCCGCACCCGCGGCGAGCACGUCGCCCUCGAAUACGAUCGCAAAAUGUUUGACUACGUGCAACAGCUGGAGGCCAUCGAAACCGAGCUGCUGAACCGUGUCGACGAAUACGAGAGCCAGGUGGCCUCCUACCAGGAGGAGCUGCGGCAGCAGGUUGAGCGGCAGGAGCACCUCAGCGCCGUCGCCUCCGAGCUUAAAGAGGAGCGCGAUUCGCUGAUUUUUGAGCUCCAAGAGAAGGACCGCGUGCUGCACGAGCACAUAUCCAAGAUGGCGAAGGUGAUAAAUGCGUUCUCGCCCUCCGAUGACCGCGUGGCUGCUGAGCCUGGCCUGGCGGACUGCCAGGACCAGCUGCAGAACCUCUCGGUUGAGCUCGAGGAGAUAAGCGGCGCCUACGAGGAGAAGACCAAGCAGACGGAUCGCCUGCUGCAGCAGAUGAAGGAGAUGCGCGCCUUCCGCGACAAGUACGUUGCGCUGGAGGCGUCGACUCGUGAGAUGGAGGGCAAGUUCAGUCGUGCGAUGGCCUUCUGCGAGCGCAAGAUGGCUGCUGCGUACCAGCACAAGGAGGACCUGAUGCGCCGCGUGGAGGCCUACCGGCGUACGUGGAUGGCGUCUUACCACAGGUGUCUGAGCUACGAGAAGAAGCGCGACAUGGCGGCCUCUGCGCUGUACGAGUGCCAGUCGCAGCUGUUGGUUGUCGAGCGCGAGCGGAACGCGCUGCGCGACCGGCUUGCGCAGGUGCAGGCCGCCACCCAGCGCGUGCUGGUGUCGCGUGGCUCCACGGACAAGUGCCAGGACCCGUUGUCCGAGGAGGAGAGCAUAAAGCGCGAGAACGACGUGCUGCGCCGUCGCAUGACCUGCACGCUGUGCUUGGAGCACUUCCGCGAUCGGUGCCUCUCUAAGUGCGGUCACGUCUUCUGCGAUAGCUGCAUCACGCGCAACCUCCAGUCGCGCAACCGCAAGUGUCCCGUUUGCAAGGUGACGUUCGACCGCAACGACGUGCGCCGGAUCUACCUGGAUUGA